AUGACUGGUAUUGCCCCACUCGGCGUCAUGGCGCAGACCAACGACGCGUGCUCGGUUUGCAACUGCAGCCCAGGCUAUGUGGGUUUCUGCCAGCCCUGGCUCAUGGUCGACCCGACUCAAGUUCCAUACAACAUCCCGCCCGAGACGACAGACUUGGAUCUAACAACGCUUCAACUCUCGUACAUUCCUUAUUAUGCGCUGAUGGGACUGUCUUCACUGAACUCAUUGUCGUUGAGUGGCGUCUCGUACAUUGAAAAUGGUGCUUUCGCGGACCUCGCGCUGAUGACGACCUUGACUAUUUCAUUUGAUUCGUCUGUCACCACCUUGGCGGUUGAUUGGUCGGGCGUGUCCUCGUUAUACUCGCUGAAUUUGAAUGGCCCUAACCUUUCUGAACUCCCGGAUUCUUCAUUCAGUGGUCUGGGCUCUUUGAUCGAGCUGAGCGUGAGCGGCCCAUUGACAACACUUGGAAACUGGCUGUUUCUCAGUACCCCUAUGCUGAACCGUUUAUCAUUGUACUCCAAUCAACUGCCCGUCUUCCCUAAGCUUGCCCUGAGCCCCCUCUCAUCCCUCAUGGGCCUCAACCUGCAGGGUUCCCGAUUUACGUCCCUUCCUUCCGACGCCUUCGCGACUCUGACCAGUCUUUCGUUCUUAGAUCUAUCCAACACGCUGCUCACCGCCAUUCCCGACGAUGUGUUUGCUUCAGUUCCGCUCGGGAAUUUGUAUCUUGGUCAAAACACAAACCUUGGCCCCCUUUCCGGUGGGGCCUUCCGCGGACUGGGUUCGACGCUGGUGGAGCUUUUUACGUCUAUCACGGCCAGCGUUUUGAAUCUUCCCCAGCUUCAGCGACUUGACCUUUCGUCCAACCAGUUGACCUCGCUUCCGGACGGUCUGUUUUCAAACUGCCCGCAGUUGACUUCACUUUCCCUCCACAGCAAUUCGAUAGCCUACGUGGGCCCCGCCGCGUUUUCAGGGCUCGUGAAUCUCCUAGAUGUGAACUUGCAUGGUCUUCAUGUGACGACCCUCUCUGCGAGCACUUUUGCAGGGCUGACCUCAUUGACCAGCAUUUCGCUGCAUGUCGGUAUGCUCGAGACCAUCCCGCCCCACCUGUUUGAUGGUCUUCAGUCUCUUCAAACCAUAUUGUUGCAGCAUAACCACCUCCAAACGCUGCCUCCUGGAUUGUUUCAAGGAUUGAAUGCGCUUAGCUUUGUGCUAAUGUCCGACAACAACUUUGGCUCAGUAGCACCUCCGAGUACUUACGGCGCUGCAUCGAAUCCGAGCAGUUGUAACGCGAACUGUGCUACUUGCUAUGGCGGAUCUUCCAGCCAAUGCUGCGGGCUGAAUUGCCUCACUUGCAAUAGUGGAAAUCUCUGCCUAACUUGCUAUGCCGGCUAUGACAUGAUGAGCGGCUACUGCCAGCCUUCCGCGGCCAUGAUUGCCAGAGCUUCGGCUUCUUCCGCCUCGGUCGCCUCUGCCGCAUCAGCCUCUUCUGCUACAAUUGCUUCUGCUGCAUCUGCUUCCUCUGCUACAAUUGCGUCUGCUGCAUCUGCGUCCUCGGCUUCUGUAGCUUCUGCUCUGGCAGCCACUGCUUCAUCGGCAUCGGCUGCUUCUGCUGCCUCUGCCUCUGCCGCUUCCGCUUCCUCGGCAACAGUCGCAUCCGCCGCAUCCGCUGCAUCUGCCUCAUCUGCCUCGGCCGCUUCUGCUGCUUCCGCUCUGGCUGCCACUGCCUCGUCUGCCUCGGUUGCAUCUGCUUCCUCUGCCUCUGUCGCUUCCGCUUCCUCGGCAACAGUCGCAUCCGCCGCAUCCGCUGCAUCUGCCUCAUCUGCCUCGGCCGCUUCUGCUGCUUCCGCUCUGGCUGCCACUGCCUCGUCUGCCUCGGUUGCUUCUGCUUCAUCGGCAACAGUUGCGUCCGCUGCAUCUGCCUCGUCUGCGUCGGUUGCAUCUGCUGCUUCGGCCGCAUCUGCUUCAUCUGCCUCGGCCGCUUCUGUUGCGUCCGCUCUGGCUGCUACUGCCUCUUCUGCUUCGGUAGCAUCUGCUGCGUCCGAUGCUUCUGCUCUGGCUGCCACUGCCUCGUCUGCUUCGGCGGCAUCUGCCUCAUCUGCGUCGGUUGCAUCUGCUGCUUCUGCCGCGUCUGCUUCAUCUGCCUCGGCCGCUUCUGCUGCGUCCGCUCUGGCUGCUACUGCCUCUUCUGCUUCGGUAGCAUCUGCUGCGUCCGAUGCUUCUGCUCUGGCUGCUACUGCUUCGUCUGCCUCGGUUGCAUCUGCGUCAUCUGCAUCGGUUGCAUCUGCUGCGUCCGAUGCUUCUGCUGCUUCCGCUCUGGCUGCUACUGCUUCUGCUCUGGCUGCAUCUGCCUCUUCUGCUUCUGUAGCAUCUGCUGCGUCCGAUGCUUCUGCUGCUUCGGCGGCAUCUGCCUCCUCUGCAUCGGUUGAGUCUGCUUUGGUUGCCACGGCUUCAUCUGCUUCAGUCGCAUCUGCUGCAUCUGCAUCCGCUUCAGUCGCAUCUGCUGCAUCUGCAUCCGCUGCGUCCGAUGCUUCGGCUGCUUCGGCGUCAUCGGCAUCAGCAGCUUUUGCUGCUUCGGCUUUGGCCGAAUCCGUUGCGUCUAUGCUUACUGACGCAGCUCAACGUGCCUCAGCAGCCUCGGCUUCCUCGGAUACAAUUGCAUCUGCCUCUUCUGCUUCCGUUGCAUCUGCUGCUUCCGCCGCGUCUGCGUCAUCUGCUUUCGAUGCUUCAGUCGCUUCUGCCGCUACUGCCUCAUCUGCAUCUGUUGCCUCGGCUUUGGCAGCGAGUGCCUCCUCUGCUUCCGUGGCGUCGGCCUCUUCCGCCUCUGUUUCAGCAUCGUCGGUCUCUGCCGUGGCUGUGUCUGUUGCCUCGGCCUCUGUCGCGUCGAUUGUCUCCGCCUCCGCUGCAUCUGUUGCGGCGGUGGCUGCUGCGUCCGCUCUGUCCCAGCUGGGAUCUGCGGCCGUGGCUGCAUCAGCGGCAUCUGCGGCAUCUGCUUCGUCGGCUUCUGUUGCUUCUGCUGCAUCAGCAGCAUCUGCUUCGUCCGCUUCCGUUGCCUCAGCUGCGGCAUCUGCUUCCUCUACGUCAAUUGCGUUUGGUGCAACUCCCAAUUUGGUCAAUCCCGUGUCCAAUAACGCCACCAGCUCUUCGUCCAUGCCAAUCAUUGUGGGCGUGAUCCUGGGCAUGCUUGCAUUGCUCAUCGUGAUUGUUGCUCUGCUCAUCUGGCGUCGCCGUCACCGUGCCAUUUCCCAACCCAUCGCCGCCGAAACCGGAGCGACCCAGCGCGCGAAAGUCAAAUCUGGCGAAAAGGCCAUCGCCGAGAUGACCACCAAUCCCCUGUACGACGUUGUGGUUCCUCCUCCGGUCGCAUACGAUGUACUGAAGCCAACCGCGGCCAAGACUGCAGCCAAUUACGAUGUCCUGAACCCAGCAACUGCAGCCAACUACGAUGUCCUGAACCCGGCAACGGCCGAGGCUUCAGCCAACUACGACGCUCUGACCCCGCAGGCGGGAUCUUCGGCGACCAACAAGGAGGAACCGAUCUAUCAGAGCACCGAUAUCAGCCCUUCUCCAGCAAUUCAAGUCGAAACGAGCGGCACAUACGUCAGCGUGGCGCCGUCGGCAGACUGCACUUACGCUGAUGUCGGCAGCUCCCUUGCAAUUGCAACGAACUCUUCCGUGCAGCAUGCAGACUCUGGCACCUCAUAUGCCGCCAUAGCCGCAGUGCCCCCGUCUUCCGCAGACAACUAUGCAAAGAUUGUGAGCGGUUCGGAAACCGACCAUGUCUCCACGCUCUGA